AUGCAUAAUCAAUCUGAAUCAUCUCGUCUACAUCAAUAUACAACAAAAACACAUAUUCGUGAACGACCAUUACAUUGGUGUAUUAUUUUAGGUUCACUUUUAUUUGUUUUUCAUCUUGUUGUUGAAGCAGUUGCAUUUGUUAUACUUGGUGCAUGGCAUUUGACCAGUCGACGUCUUCAAAAUGUACUUAGCUUUUCUAGUGAAAUUCAUCGUCGGGAAUUAGCUUUUGGUAUUCUUCUUCUUAUUAUUGGAGCAUUGGGUAUAGUAAUGAGUAUUCUUGGUCUUAUUGCAUUUUUUACUUUGCGAUUAGUAUUAUUAAGAAUAUUUGCAGUAUGUCUAUGGUUGGUAAUGAUUAUUGUAAGCGUUGUUGGUAUUCUCGGCAUCAUAUUUGCAUCACAAGUAGAUGGAUUGGUGCGACAGUCAAGUGGUACAAAUGAGAAUACUGGAAGUUAUGCUGAACAAAAAUUUAUGCUGGGAAUGAAUGGUGGACUAGCUUUAUUCAUGAGCUUGACCUUGCUUGUUGGCAUAAUAAUUGUUCGAUGCUUGACUGGUGAUGCGAAUUCAAAUGAUCAUUCGUAUUAUCGAGCACAAUGA